AUGCAGUCUCUGUUGAUGCGCAACACAACUUGCAAUGCCUACACCGUCGGAAAAGCAGAAAAGCGACAGAGUACCUAUUGCUUGUCGAGCUUGCAGGCUCCGGAAAGUGAGAUGCUCUGGUGGCCAUCCAUGCAGACAUUGUGCAAAGUCGUCAGCAGAAUGUGUCUAUCCACCCAAGCAGCGUCGAACAAGGACAAGGACGACGCGAGACAACCACAAUCAUACGGCUUAAGAGAAGGUGUUGCAACAACUACUACCCCGACCAUCCCUGCGACCUCGAACUCAAUAUCACCUUCACGGGCUCCAAGAGCACAAGACAGCGAAUGCUCGUUGGGUCCAGCACAGUUACACCUCUCGGCAGGAUCGCCAUCCCUGGAGAAAACUGCGACUGCGAGCCAUGCUGGAGUCGAUAUCUCUGAUAGCUCAAAUACUCUAGUGGGCAGCGUGACUGAGGUGGAGGACGCCCGGGUCUGGCUGUCAACUUGUUCUAAUGCUGGGGUCGCAUGGGUGUGUGAGACGACCGCCAGCCUCGCUUUUGCCGACAUUGCAGAGAGAUUCGGUAGAAGCCUUCAACCAUGGACCCCAACCAGCCCGUGGCCUAGCCUGGGCGCAGCGAGAGCAGAGCCGAGCGAGGAAACCGCUUGGGAGUAUGUCAACGCAUUCUUUGAAAAUUGCUGGGAAGCUCGCUUGGGUCUCAUCCAUCGCCCAGACUUUGAAGCCCAGCUUCAAGCGCAUUUUCUCGACGAUUCCUCCUCCCGCAAUGAUUAUGCCGAGAUCGCUCUCCGCAACGUCGUGUUUGCGGCUGGUUAUCGAAGCAUAUUGCUCAAGACUGCGAAGAUUCCAUUCCAUGCAGUCCGAAAAGAGGCUUGGGAAGGCUAUUUCGUGAACGCGUUGUCGGUCUUGACUGGACUCCUCUUGUCGCCUUCAAGACUUAUGGUCGUCCAAGCACUGGCAUUGAUGGCUUGCUACGUCGAGGGACUUGGAAGCCCUGACAUUCAGCGCGUGCUGUGCCAUAAUGCGGUGCAUGCGGCACUAACGCAGGGCUUACAUCUUGAUCAGGAGUCGGACCAUCGAACGAGUUCCUCGUCCGACGACCGUCUGAAAAAGACAUGGGUGUGGUGGGCAGUUUAUGCGCUAGAAAAGCAUUUCUGUCUCGUCAGCGGAAGACCAUCGAUGAUUGACGACGACAUGAUCCGUGCAUCAAUCCCAUCCCAUGUCCCUUCCAACAGCACCAUAUAUCUAGAAGCCAACACUCUGGCAGCUCGGCAUGCAAAGAUAUGCUCCCGAAUACUUCGGGAAACCAUGUCAACAAAGGCAUACAGGUUAUCUCCUCAUGCCCUUCUUAGGGUUGUGAAUGACAUUGACCGACAGCUCAAAAGCCUGCUUGAUGAUUUUCCGAACGACCUCCAGGUUGGUGCGCUCGCCAAACUAUCGGAGGAGACACAUCCAAUGGCCCAUCGUAUCCACACCUUGUAUCUCUACUUCGCAAUCCAUGGAAGUUUAUUGGCGCUUCACUCGCACUUUUUCUACCCCUGGCUUUCCGCCCGGCUUUGCGAUCGUGGCUCAGAUGCUGGCUUGGAGGCGCAGCUACAUUCUUCAUCAAAGACGGUGACGGAAGCAGCCCGGAAGAUGCUACUGGCCGUCCGGACAGUAACCACAAAUGCAGCUACACCUACAUGGCUGGCCGUUACUUAUCCUAUAUAUGCACAUCUGAGCUUGUUUGUCCACGUGCUGAAGUAUCCGACCUUUCCCACCGCAAGCGCCGACCUUGGCCUACUCGACAUAUGUGCUGGCCAUUUUGGGUACAUCGAUUUCAUGACCUCUUCUGAAAUAUCCAUCUCUUUAGCGAGAGAGUCCGUGGGCCUGGCUGCUAAAUUCGUCAAAGCUGCCAAUAAAAGACACGAUAAAGAUCAGACGUCCAGAUUUAGCCAUGGGUGUGGGAACCAAAGCACAAAUUCUCAGAGCAAGCGAUCAGACAACGAGAGCCCCCAGAAUGCACACCCUCGGUCGGUUUCUGCAGCACUAGGUCAGGGCGACUUUACAACAGUGGAUGGCGACUGGAAUAUGCUGCCAUUCUUGGACCCUUUGGGCACACACGAUAAUACUUGGGAAAGUCUCCUUCUCCAACAUCCCUAA